AUGUUGGAGUUGCAGAACAUGAGGUCUUUUCUCAAGGAUGUAGACAGUAGGUUGCUGAAAGAUGGAGCACCGGUCUCGGAGCAAGAAUGGGUUGAACAGGUGCGGGCGGCAGCCUAUGAUAUAGAGGACAUGCUCGACGAGUAUAUGCUUCAUUUUGGUCGUGUGCGAUUUGAAUUUGGCAUUCCGACCUCAUUUCUUAUUAGAUCACCAACGUGCAUUAACAAUCUAUUCAAGCGACGCAUAUUUGCAAUGAUGAUAGAAGACAUGAAGAGAAAGAUAUCUGAUAUUUCUGCUAGAAGAGACAGGUACAACCUGAGAGGAUUAGACGAAGGAACGUGCUCGCCAACCGUCGAGAGCCAAGUAACCGUCGAGCGCCAACAAUUGACAACUACUAAUGAAGCAUACAUUGCUGAAGACUCUCAUACCGACGGGAUCGACGAGAACGUAGACAUCUUGAUGAAGUGGGCACAAAGUGGAGACCCGAAACUCGCCACAAUCUUGUUGGUGGGGAUGGGAGGCUCCGGCAAGACGACCGUUGCAAGGAAAGUCUACCAUAAACUCAUGAGAAAUGGUGCUUCUGCAGCAAAGAAAAUUUAUCGUAGGCUCAUGGGAGAUAGUGCUACUAUAACACAAUUUAACUGCUUCGCAUGGGUUCCCGUCACCCAAUCCUUCAACGCGAAGGAUGUCCUUCAACGCCUGUGGAUCGACCUCGGCAUUGAUGGUCUCGCUAUGGAGAGGGAUGUCACGUCACUAGGGGAGGCCAUCAGACAACAUCUCCACAGUAGAAGGUAUGUUAUCGUACUAGAUGAUGUAUGGAGCAGCGAUGUUUUAAACACCGUUGGUUUUGCAUUUCCUAAGCAUGACCACCAAUGCAGACUCAUCGUUACAUCUCGUUUAGAAAAUGUGGCUUAUGGCAGCAUAGAAGUUGAGACAUUUAGUCCGACCAAGAUCCAUCGAGUUAAGCCCUUGAAGCCUGAAGAUUCAAUGAAACUGUUCUCUAGAAACGCAUUUCGAGAAGACCAGGAACGCAGAUGCCCCGAGCACCUUCAAGAAACUUGCGAGAAAUUAGUUGAUAGGUGCAAUGGUCUGCCGCUUGCUCUUGUGUGCUUGGGAGCUGUCAUCUCAAGAAGGGAGCGCACACAAUUAGAAUGGACUGGCUUCUAUGACCGCCUGUCUUGGGAAUUAGAGGUCAACCCUGGACUUGGUAGAGUGAGAGCCAUCUUCUCACUAAGCUUUGAUGAGUUGCCCAUACACCUCAAGGCAUGUUUUUUGUAUUGUGGCAUAUUUCCAAAGAACCACUUGAUCAAAGCAAGUAAGUUGAUAAGACUCUGGGUGAGUGAAGGGUUGGUGGAAGAAAAAGACGGCACGACAUUAGAACAGGUUGGGAAGCAAUAUAUUGAGGAACUUACCCAGAGGAGCUUACUCCUGGUGGUGGAAAAAAACGACAAAGGAAGAGUAAAGUCAUGCCAAAUGCAUGAACUUCUCCGAGAACUGAUGAUGCCAAUGUCUAAAAGGCAAGGGCUUUCAAGAAUAAUACAUGAAAGCGGUAAUGGAUCCCAAGAUCAUGUAUCCAGAAAUGAAAGAAGCAGGUCUUUAUCGCUCAUGGGUUCUACCGACAAAAUCAUAAAAGAGAUCUGUCUGCGUGAUCCUAAGAAGGCACGGCGAGUUCGUUCUUUGUUGAUGUUCGAUUCCCCCCGCAUCCCUAGCCUGCUUCAUAAGUUCAUGUUGUUGAGAGUGUUGGACCUGCAAGGUGUCUUCAUUGAGGAACUGCCUCAUAGCAUAGGACAUUUGUACCACUUAAGGUACUUGAAUUUGAGAAACACCAAUCUCAAGAGAAUUCCAAGGUCACUCGGGAAGCUCCAUAACUUGCAAGCGCUCGAUAUCAGGGACAAUCAAAUUGAAAGGAUUCCAAACUUAUCCAAGGUAAAGAAAUUGCGGUAUGUGUCUGCAUAUUCACAUUUCAUCCAUCCAUACACCAUUAGCCAGUUCUCAGGAUGUGAUUUUCCAAGGCAUAUCUGCAAGUCUGAAUGCCUACAAAAACUGUCAGGUAUAAACGCCACAAACAAGAUCAUUGAAACAAUUGGCAACCUGACCCAGCUUAAAACCCUUGGGUUAUUCAAGGUAAAACAGGAACAUGGGGAGAAGCUUUGUAAAUCCAUUGAGACGAUGAAGGACCUUCUUUGUCUAGGCAUAUCAGCCGACUCCGAAGGUGAAUUAAGGCUGGAGCUGCUGAACACCCCACCACCUCAUCUCGAAGAUAUCUGGCUCUUUGGAAGAAUAGAGCGCUUCCCGAAAUGGGUGAAAGGUGUCAUUAACUUGAGGAGGUUGGGCUUGUACUUUUCCAAAUUACGUGACAGCCCUACCCCCUACCUCCAAGAAUUGCCCAACUUAGAGUGGUUUAAACUCUAUGAUGCCUACGAUGGGAGGAAGCUCAAGUUUCAGGCCAACAACUUUCCUAAGCUGAAAACUCUCACGAUCGUAAAGCUCUUGAAGUUGAGAAGCAUUAUCGUGGAGGAAGAAGCCUUGCCGCAACUUCAAACACUAUCCAUUUGUGGGUGUCCAGAGUUGAAGAGGAUACCUGACCAUCACCGCCUUACCAACCUCAAAAAGCUGGACUUGGUAGACAUGCCUCAUUACACUGUGACAAGUGUUCCGGGGCAAGGAGAAGACCAACAUUUCGGUGCAAAACUUCAUCUCUACAAAGGAAGUGGUGACAAAUUCAACAAGCUUUGA